AUGUCUUGCACUGAUAAAACGGCCACCGUCACCGACGAAGCUAGCGGCGGCGGAGCCACCACAAUCUUCGCCGUGCACCCCGACAUAAUCCAAACCCACAUCCUCACGUGCCUGGACGGCCGCGCACUCGCCUCCGUCGCCAGCACGUGCUCUCAACUCCACGCGCUCUCAGACCACGAGCCUCUCUGGGAGAACAUUUGCCACUCCACGUGGCCCUCCACGAACUCGCCACGCGUCCGCCACGUCAUAUCCACGUUCCCAUGCGCGUCUCGCUCCUUUUUCUCCGACUCGUUUCCUUCCUUCGCCGCGCGCGAAGGUUCGAACAUCGAUCGCGCGCCGGAGCUGAUUUCCGCGGUGGACAUCUUCCACCGGCGGCGGGUGGUGCUGUCGAGAGUGGUGGAGACGGAGACGGAGUCCGGCUGGUUCCGGUGCUCGCCGUUUAGAAUCGAUGUUCUUGAUCAGAAGGAGGCGGUGGCGACGGCGAUGGAGUAUCCACUGAGCGAUGGAGCAUGUGAGAUUCUCGGUGAGGAUUUGAGGUUGAGUUGGAUAGUGGUGAAUCCGAAGGGAAAGCGUGCGGUGAAUGUGUCAAGUGGAACGGCGGUGUCGAUGGAGCGGCACUGGCUGAGCGGGGAGGUGAAGGUGCGGUUCGCGACGGUGGUGGACGGCGGUGAGAGGGGGACGCCGGCGGAGGUGGCGCUGUGCAGCGUGACUGUGACAUUCGGGAAUGAGAUGCAGGUGAGGGAAGCGUGUCUACAGAUGGAGGACAUGGAUGGAAUGUUCCUGAAUGGUAGGGAGAGUUUGGGGAUUUUGAAGCGGGCGUUGGAGGGUAAAAGGGGAACAUUACUGAAGGACGGAAAGGAAGAAGGAAGGAGUAGAUACUUGGAAUUCAUGAACAGAAAGAUGGAGAGAAAAGAAAAGAAACAAAGAGAUGAGAGGAGGUUGGAUAUGCUCUGCUUGGCUCUCGCGGUUUUGUCCUUUGCGGCUUUUUCAACACUCUUUCUCUUCUGA